AUGCCUACCACCGUUCCAGACCGCACAGCAUUCAGUCAAGUGGACAGUCUCAACUACAUCUGGACAGCACUAGACCUGCCCCCCACCGCCACCAACAAAGUCCAACUCCCUGGUAGACCUUGCGGGACCCCAACCUCGUUCCAAGUCCCCGCCCUCGCCCAAGUCACCAUCGCCCUCUCCGCCACAGCCGCCGCCCUCAUCCACACCAGUCGCAACGAUCACGCCGAACUUCCCACCAUCACCGUCUUCGCCAACGAGGCCUGCAUCGAAUUCAAGUCCGAGCGCUUCUACACCAUCGACGGCCAGCCACCGAGCAAGGAAUCGUCCUCCAUCGGCGGCCUGCACCGCACGAGCGACGGCUGGGUUCGCAUCCACGACAGCUUCCCGCACCACCGAGAGGCGGCGUACAGGCUCAUCGGCUUGGCCCCGCCCGCUUCUCCCGAAGAGAUCAAGCAGAAGAUCGCGACGCUGAAGGCCGUGGAGCUCGAAUCCCAGGCGUUCAGGACGGGCGCGAUCGUUGGUGCUUUGAGGUCGUAUGCGCAAUGGGAUGCGUCGCCACAGGCAGCCUCCGUCUCGGACCAUCCGUUGUCGGUCCGCAAGAUUGCGGAUGGACCGAAGGGCUGGCCGGCGCAUUUGGGGGCUGGGCAGAAGAAGUGCUUGGCGGGCUUGAAGGUGCUGGAGAUGACAAGGGUGAUUGCGGCGCCGGUGGCGGGGAGGACGCUCGCUGCGCAUGGCGCCGAUGUCAUGUGGGUUACGUCGCCGAAGUUGCCGGAUCUGCCGGUGCUGGAUAGGGAUACGGCGAGGGGGAAGAGGACGGUGCAGUUGGAUCUCGACCAAGAGGCAGAUAUGGAAAAGUUGCGGGAGUUGUUGGGGGAUGUGGAUGUUUUUAUUCAGAGCUAUAGACCAGGGAGUCUGGUGAUGAAAGGAUUGUCGCCGGAGAGGCUUGCGCGAGUGUCGAAGAACGGCGUUGUAUACGCAAGUCUGUCGGCUUGGGGCACUGAGGGACCGUGGGCAGGGUACAGGGGUUUCGAUUCAAUUGUGCAGACAGUGUCUGGACUUAACGUGGCAGAGGCCGAGUAUCACGGUCAGGGAGAGCCUUCGAAAGUCUUGCCCUGUCAAGCCUUAGAUCACGCGUCAGGGUAUCUGCUGGCAUUUGGCAUCAUGGCCGCCUUAUACAAGAGGGCGACGGAGGGUGGUUCAUAUCUGGUGGAGGUAAGUUUGGCGGGGACAAUGAAGUAUUUGCGAAGCUUGGGACAAAGCCGCGGUCCGGAGUGCUUUGGAGGUCGGAGCUGGGACAAACCGUCAGACGUUCCAAUCGAGUUGUACGAUGGAACGGGUGCGACUGGUUCUACAAGGCCUUGUGGGUUUGGUGAUAUGGCUGCAAUCAAGCAUUCGGCGAGGAUUGACGGCGUAGAAGUUGGCUAUGAUCGCAUGCCGAAGAAGUUGGGAAGCGAUGAGGCGACAUGGUUGUAG